GACGGUGGUACUGCACGAUGAUAGCUUCAGCAACUGAGCACACAAAUCGGUUAUGAGGAUGCUGGAUUUAGUGACGGAUCUCGUAGGAGUAUGUAUUGGAGUACUCUGAGUUGUCUAAGGGGUUCAGGUCAACCAUUUAUUGGAUUCUGGCACCACUCAUCUGGAGGUGCAGUGAUUAUGCAUGCAGAUGAUACUGUUGAGUGAGUACUGCACUCGGCCAAAAGAAAGCCAAGACAAAUCCAAUUUUGCAACUAUCGAGGCCAAUAAAAUCCAGGCUCAAGCAUUGACCGUGGAUGGGAGAAUUGCUAGAGGUGUUGAUGGAGUCAAACCAUGCUCGGAAUGUCCAAGUUUACUUAUUCAUGCGCGUUCGAAUCACUUACUGAUACCAUGAAGAGUGAAAGCAUCAUUCUUCUUAACCAGAUUGGGAUGUGGGCCAAGUUUUUACCAACUGAUUUUCGCACGAGAGAAGAAAAGCCUCAAGGUCCGAAAGACUUUGUACGUCACAGGGUCCCUUGAAAAUGAGCCCCUACAUGCUCGUCUAGCUUGUCUGCUGGGCACCUUGCGGCUGGCUGCAAAAACAUAGAAUAAAGAGAAGAAACCUGGGCAGGCUGGAAACGAUCUUUACAUUCAAACGACCAACCAACAAGGAAUGGAAAGACUAAACCACUCCUGAUUUUGAGAAAA